UUUGAACAGGAGCUUUUUAUUUUUUUUCUCCAUUUCCCAGAGGACGACCGAGCUUAAAGAAGACAAGUUGACUUCUCCUUUUAUGCACUUCUCACUUCUCGCUGCUUCCAACACUUCAUUUAGUUGCGCUCCGAAUGGAUCCUUUUACGGAGAAACUGUUGGAGCGGACUCGUGCUCGCAGAGAAAACCUCCAGAAAAAACUAGCUGAGCGACCAAAUGCAGCCAAGGUGGUGAAAAGAGGCAGAGAGCCUCUGAUUGACAACAACGCUGUGAUUGGUCAGCCAGUCGCUCCCAAAGCGGCCUCCACCAAACCGUCUCCGUCCAAGCGCAGGUGCUCGGCGGAGAAUGUCGAGCCGGCGGCGCGAGAGCAGGACGGGGGCGUGGCCUCUGCGCUCCAGGACCAUCCGCCCUCGGACCGCAAGCCUCCACCUGUGCCCACAGGUGAGCCAGCAGGGAGGAAGGAGGAGACUCCAGGUGUGGAGUCUGACGAGGCGGCGGAGCUUCCUCAAAGUCCAAAGAGCAGCGAGGAACCAGAAGAAGACUCUGCUGCCGCUGGCAUGAAGUCUCGUCUGCAGAGGCUUGCUGAGCAGAGGAAGGGCUGGGACGGCAGUAACGGUGUUGCGAGCGACUGUGCACCGGUGUCUUUGCUGAGGAGAGAAGACCACGUCCCGGUGUCCUCGUCAUCGGAAGGUCCAGUCGGUCGGCGAGGCAGACUGGCUCACCUGGCGGCCACCAUUGGAUCCUGGGAAGAUGACCUGAGCCAUGCCAACCUUCCCAAAGACAAAGUUCCUGCAAAGUCCACCGCAGUUUGCGCUGCCCAGUUGAGCUUGAAGGACGCAAGUUUGUCUGCUGGCGCUAAAGGAAGCAUGGCAAGUCAGGUGACCACUGCACCUGCCAGCAAGUCUUCAGGUCAGGUGACCACUGCACCUGCCAGCAAGUCUUCAGGUCAUGUGACCACUGCACCUGCCAGCAAGUCUUCAGGUCAGGUGACCACUGCACCUGCCAGCAAGUCUUCAGGUCAGGUGACCACUGCACCUGCCAGCAAGUCUUCAGGUCAGGUGACCACUGGACUUGUCAACAAGUCUUCAGGUCAGGUGACCACUGCACCUGCCAGCAAGUCUUCAGGUCAUGUGACCACUGGACUUGUCAACAAGUCUUCAGGUCAUGUGACCACCGGACUUGUCAACAAGUCUUCAGGUCAGGUGACCACUGCACCUGCCAGCAAGUCUUCAGGUCAUGUGACCACUGCACCUGCCAACAAGUCUUCGGGUCAUGUGACCACUGCACCUGCCAACAAGUCUUCACUCGUCGCAAAUCAGCUUUCACCUUCCUUCACAAAGUCAAACCAAGGGGUUCGUCCAAGCCCUCAGAAGGUGGACCCUCGUCCAGUGACGAGCCCCCUCAAGACUGUGCCGCCAUCUUCAAGAUCAGUGUCUUCGAGCCCUUUGAAAAGCACACCUGUGGCCACAGCUUCCAUUUUAGCCUGCAGUCCUCAGAAACUACAAGUAUGUGCUAAAGCCAACACGCCAAAGUCUGCUGCUCCUGGUGUGAAGUCUUUCCUAGAACGAUUUGAAGAGCGAUGCCAAGACCGCACCAACCCGUGUUCUCCAGCAGUGGGCGCCUCCCAGACGGCGACCCCCAAGAGUGGACUCGGGCUCAGGAACGCCCAGUCAGCAAAAACCACAACAGCUGAUCUCGUCCAGAAACAAAAACUGGAGCGGGAGUCUGAACUGGCUCAGAUCCACACGCGUGUCCAAGGGAACAAUAUGUGGAAAAGUGCAGAGAGCAAGGGCCAUGGUGGCAAAGCAGAGGAGAGGGACGCCUGUGAGCCAAAACCACAUUGCACUGAGAUCAUCUCGCCAGUAGCAGCUUGUGGAUUGCUGGAACCUACCCCAAACUCCACACGCAUCCCACUGGAGGAGGAGGUGGACGAAAGCAGCAAAGAGGAUGAAGGCAAGGAGAUAGAGAUGAACGUCGAUCACUCCGCAGUGAUCGACCGUCUUUUUGACGGACUUCACGACGAAGAGGAGGAUGAGGAAGAAGAUGCCUUGAAUAUCUCUUCCAUGUCGCUUCUCACGCCGCUCGCAGAAAGUGUCGCCGCGGUGUACAGUCCGGACAGGAGCAUGAGAACUUCAACUCCAGCUCAUUCAUUCAUUGUGAAGAAUAAAACUCCAGACAAGCCUUGCCAGCAGAGUCCAUUCCAGAGAAGCAACAAAAGAAAGAGCAGCUCGCCUGACGGUGUCGACGCCUCAGAGGACGAUCAAAAGCUACCUUACAGCAUUGAUGCUUACAGGUCUAUUCGAGUGAAGGAGACGGGGAGAGUUACGGGUAAAGAUGGGAUGGUGAGAAAAGAGGACACUUCUGGCAGAGCAGAGGAAGUGCGAGGCGGCAGCCUGUUCAGCAUCAAACAGAAGAUAAAGCUGCUCACAAAUGAGAUGAACCUGCAGCAGACCAUCAUCCAUCAGGCCAGUCAGGCACUCAACUGCUGCACGGAUGAAGAACACGGCAAAGGAUCGCAGGUGGAAGCUGAGGCAGAAAGACUCUUGAUCGUAGCAACCAAAAAGAGGGAGGCGCUGAAGACAGAGUUACAGUGUCUGAAGGGGGAGAACCCAGCAGGCCAGAAGAAAAACCUCCAGCCCGCUGGCAUCUCAGCCUCCAAGGGCUCCAUCACGCUGCAGGAACUCCGCUUGCCUCUCAAGGCUGACUUUGUUUGCGCUAUUGCCAAUAAGCCAGAAUCGGUGAAAUAUUCUUUCUUCAUCAUGAUUGGAUGUGGAGCAGAAAAGACGGUAGCCACGCCCCUUGUGAGCACACACCGUGGUCUUAGUGGCGACACCUUCACCUUCCCUACCAAGUUCACCAUGUCUGACGUCUGCAGUGAUUUUUGCAUUGAUAUUGACAUCUAUUACCUGGUUCAAAAAGUGGAGAUGAGUGGUGACAAGAAAAAGAAAAGCAGCAAGUCAAAGGCAAUGACCCCAAAGAGAUUUCUGGCCAUCACAAAAAGCAGCCAAACACCAGUUGUUGCCAGUCCAGGAGGUCCUAACGCCGUUCGAAGCAGCAACUUUGUCCUGGUUGGAUCUCACAAGCUCACACUUUCGUCCACCGGGAAGAGCAAGUUUCCCUUAGAGAAGGUGCCGUUCUUGUGUCCUCUGGAAGGACACGUCUACCUGAAGAUGCAGUGUGAGGUUGGAUGCAACGUGGAGGAAAAAGGCUUCCUGACAAUGUUUGAGGACGUUAGCGGUUUUGGAGCCUGGCACAGAAGAUGGUGCGUCUUGUCAGGGUACUGCAUCUCCUACUGGACGUACCCCGAUGAUGAAAGGCGCAAGAAUCCUAUUGGUCGAAUCAACCUGGUCAACUGCAGCAGUAAGAAGGUGGAAGCUGCCAAGCGAGAGUUCUGUGCUCGACCCAACACCCUUGAACUCACCACAGUUAGACCUCAGAGAGAAGACGACAAGGAGACUCUCGUCAGCCAGUGUACCAACACCAUGUGUGUCACCACAAACUGGCUGAGUGCAGACACCAAAGCUGAGAGGAAUUCAUGGAUGACGCACAUCAAUCAGGUUCUAGCAGAUCUGCGCAUGUGGCGACCAGAUGCUUGUUAUGCUGGCGUGUGACAUUACUGUAUAUAAUACCAAGGUAUGCAAUACUUGAAUACACGCGCACACUCACAGAGUAAAAGUAGUGCUAAUGUAUACUUUAUGAAUAUUAUUGCAACUUUCCACUUCCUGCCUAUAAAAUCACAUUGUUUACAGUCAAAAUGUUACAUAUUUAUUUCAAUAUUUCCACUUCAUAAAAUAGCAGCUUUGUUUUCCAUUUUUCUCUUUGUGUUUUUCUAAUAAACGAAACAUGUUUCACUUAAUGUUGACAAUAAGAACAUACUCACAUGACAUGAUGAACCAUACUAAUAUUUCACUACAGCUUUUCUACUUAUUUACAGUAUUUCCACUUGACUUUUAGUUUUAUAAGUGGGAGGUAUUUGGAGAUUAUACAUAUUUCUCGGUUGUUAUAAUCUGAUUUGAAAUGGUCUGUUAAAGCAGGAUGUACGACUUUUUAAAAUGUACUUGAAUAACUAAGUGCGUUAUUGAACAUUUAUACAAUUUUCAUGUAAUGAAUUUUUUCUUCUGGCUAGCUUUUAUCUUUACAUUUACUUCUACUGCAUACCAAAUGUAUUGCUACUGCAUUAUAUAUAUACAUAUUUAUAUAUAUAAAUAUAUAUAUAUAUAUAUAUAUACACUGCUUAAAUUUGUCAGGUAUUUUGUGUUUUCAGGAAACU